AUGCCGAGUACUCUUGAAUCUAUCUUUGCUCGCAUCAACCGCUUUCAAGCGCUUGCGUCCAUUGAGGACAGCUCUGAUGACGAAGUGUUGCACGCUUUCAAUAUCGACCCCCUUCCUAAACCCUACAGAUCACUGCGGGUCUUGUCAAAAAAUCACCUUUUUGAAGAAGCACCAAAGAAAGCAGCAACGGAGACAAAAACGCGGUGGCGUAUGGCAAAAUCACUGCACAGGAAAGGAGGCAAUGCUCAGCUUCUUCCCAAUGCGCCAAACCCUGCACUGAUCCACUGCAUUGGCCAUUGGCAAGGAAUCAACAGCGGUAUCAAGGGGCAUUCUCGACGAGGAAUAAAACAGAUUCGGGCACAACACAGGAUCUAUGGAAACGUGGCAAUUACCAACAAGUACGAUUCUUCCAAAACAUGCCCAUUCUGUUUUUCCAGUCAUUCUCCAUCGUGCUCGAAGGAAUGUUGGUGGAAAGGAUCGAGUCGGCCGUUUGCAUGGAGCCGUCGAAUGCGUGCAUCCCCAGUGCCCAGAAAGGAGGAUAAACUACACCACAAGAGGAAGAGAUACAAACGCGGCGGCGAACAUUGCGCUUUCCGGGGCCUCCGUCAAACUCUCGUCCGACCAUCAACCCCUUCCUCCAUUUCGCCGCAAUGCCAAUCACAGAAGGUACAACCUUUCAAACGAACUCCUUUCAGUCGUGACACCAGCAUUGGGUUGCCCGCGAUUUCAUUCGAGAUGAAUAAAUAUGAUAUAGAAAUUCGUACAACCGAAGCACAUACUCAUGCAUGUAAAGAUAGAGCCCCGUCAUCACCAGAUCAAGAUGGAAUAGAAAUGAAAAAAACAACACGUGCACCACGAUAUUGUCGAACAUGCAAGAAUUAUAAGCCACCACGAUCACAUCAUUGUAAAACUUGUAAAAGAUGUGUGCUCAAAAUGGAUCAUCAUUGUCCAUGGACAAACAAUUGCGUCGGACACUACAACUACGGACACUUUAUCCGCUUCAUAUUCUGGGUUGACGUUGCGUGUAUUUUUCACUUCACAUUGCUAAUAAAAUCCACAAUUCACAUAAUCGAAGAGGCGUCGUAUAUUCGGUACGACGACACAGAAGCCGAACCAAGCAUAACAAAAACAAUACUCAUCGUACUGAAUUUCGUUGCGUGUCUUCCUGUAUUGUUUGGUGUUGGUCCGUUGAGUAUUUAUCAUUUUUAUUGUAUGUGCUCUAAUACGACUACCAUUGAAAGUUGGGAAAAGGAAAAAGUCGCAACGAUGGUUAGACGUGGGAAAAUUAAAGAGAUCAAAUAUCCAUACGACAUCGGUCUACUUGCAAACAUUAAAUCAAUACUCGGUGACAAUCCGAUACUUUGGUGUAUGCCACAAUCGAUAAUCCAAGGUGGACUGUCUUAUCCGAUUGCAAAAGAUGCAGAUAAAACACGAAUAUGGCCACCCAAAGAUCCUGACAACAAACCAUCUGCGACAAUUUUACCAAAACCAUGGGACAUAUACAAUCCACAACAUUUACAACAGCAAUCCAAUACUACAUCUCACCAUUAUUAUAAUCAACGACGGCAUUACAACAAUAAUCGGCAACAGCGUUCUAGUAAUGAAAGAGAAGGCAAACGAGGAAGAAGUGGAGGCUACGUAAUACGUGAUAUUUCUUCGGAAGAACAGUAUAUUGGUGUUGGAAGAGACGAUAAUGAUAAUAUUAAUAAUAGAAAUUCACAAUCGAUAUCACAACAGCAGCAACAAAGACGAGUUCCUCGUUACUCUUCUCACUCGUAUAAAAAUUACUCUUCAAGAAACAAUGUUAAUCGAUUCCAGCGCACCAAUUAUAACAACAAUUGGAAGACACAAACACCAUCCUUCAAUAAUAACCAUUAUGAUAGUAAUAAUGAGGAUGACGAUGAUAUACCAAUUGGAAUGAUGAUUGCACAAAAACAAUUGCAAGCAAUGAACACGAAUUCAAUAGCACAACCAACAAAGACAGCAUCAUCUUCUUUACCUCCAAAAUCUAUCGUAUCUGAAAUCACAUCUUCAUUGAUUGGAGAAAAGCGAGAGACAAUACGCUCUGCUGAGACGAAAGAAGUUUACUGCACCGCAACAUAUGGGCGUAAGGUAAAAAAGUUUCAGUGGACAGUAACCCGUGGGCAAAUAACCUUAUCAGCUUUGAAGUCUCGGCUUCGCACAUGUUUCACAUUUCUGGAUGGGACAGAGGAUGAGCAUAUCAUUAUAAACUUCGAUAGUUAUAUUGAUCUCCCCAGGUUCGAUGGAGAGUUAACCGGCACAACCGCUUAUGAAAAGGUAUUGGAGCACGUUUUGGAAGAUAUAGCUAUGAAGCAGAAGACCUGCAUUCACGUCACUAGUGCAAACGAAGCAACAAGACGCGAAUUUAUUUCUUCCGUUCUCCAUGGCGUUGCCUCUUGCUAUGAUGGUGAAAUGAAAGUAUGUCCAGAAUAUGAGUUAUAUGGAAGCCAUGGUAAAGGGCCAGUGGAUUGGGUUAUCAGGAUUGGAGAUACGAUUAUCGUUGUUACCGAGGCUAAAAGGGAGGAUAUUAACCAGGGUGUUGGCCAGAAUGCAAUUCAGUUACAAGCUUCGUCUCAGCGGGUCGACUGGGUCAUAAUUAAGUUAGUCACUACUGGCGAAUGCAAUGACAAUGAUAAUGGGAAUGUCGAGGUGUUUGAUCGCCAGAUCGAAUCGCAGGAAUCAUUUGAAGCUAGUAAAACAGAAGAUAAAUAA